UAAACAUAACGCUUCACAACAUAGUCACUUUCAUUCUUAAAACUACGAAAAUGAGACUCUCGUCUGUACUUCUCAGCCUUGCUGCUACUGGAGCUCUAUGCUCCCCCACUGCCUCUGUAGCUGACCCCACUGCUGAGAAAUGCGCCGAACUCGAGGCCCUAGGUCAGGACCAAGGAAACCCCCUCUCAGAAAGUGAUGCUACUGCUCUUCGAAAAUGUGGAAAGCAUCCAGCUGAGCUUGGUCUCGUCAGCUCUCUCUACAACCCGGACGAAAAGGCGAAUCUCACCAGCCCUGCCAAUCGCGGAAAACUUCUCGAUGAGCUUACGGGACUCCAAAAACGGGCCUAUUGUCAAGACGGAGGUCGUGGUCACGGCUGGGACUACGACUACGGGUGUACUAAUGGCUGGUGCUGGAGGAAUUGCGAAGGUCCUUUUAAUGGUGCUCUAGAGUUCAGGAAGACGUGGUGCUGGCUCGCAUAUGAAGCUGGUAGCGGAGGCUGGACUCCCUGUGGCAGGUGGCAGGAUUGCGAAUGGUCAUACAACAAUAAGAAUGCUAAGUGUGCUAAAGGAAAUUGCAAAUCUUGUGGUUGCGGCUGUUAGUGUUAGAAUCCGCGGAUUGGGUGAACAUCAGAUCAUGAAACGAAUAACGGGUUAGGAAAAGCUAGUAACAAGAGAGGAUUUUGAGGCAGAUUUCACAUCUUUAAAUCAAUUCGACUCAAUUAUUGUCAGUUAUUGUUUAAAGGCUCCGAAGAAUCAAGCGAUGCUACUGCAUGUGAAACAGCAGGGGUGUUUUGCUAUUUUAGCUUCCAUGCCAAAGAUAAGAGACUUAAG